GCCUCAUGAAUAAUAACCACAGGGGGCGGGACCGGACCCACCCCCUCCGGCGGGAAGGGGGAAGCGCUGAGGCUGCCUGACUGGAAUGAGGGUAGCUGGGGCGACUGCGGCGGCGGGAGCGGGACAAGCCAUGGCGGUGUGGACGCGGGCCACCAAAGCGGGGCUGGUGGAGCUGCUUCUGAGGGAGCGCUGGGUCCGGGUGGUCGCCGAACUGAGCGGGGAGAGCCUGAGCCUGACCGGUGACGCCGCGGCGGCUGAGCCCGAGCCCGCUCUGGGGCCGGCGGCGACCGCCUUCAACGGCCUCCCGAACGGUGGCGGCGCCGGUGACUCGCUGCCCGGGAGCCCGAGCCGCGGCCUGGGCCCCCCGAGCCCGCCGGUGCCGCCGAGGGGCCCGGUGGGCGAAGCUGGCGCGUCGCCGCCCGUGCGCCGGGUGCGGGUGGUGAAGCAGGAGGCGGGCGGCCUGGGCAUCAGCAUCAAGGGCGGCCGCGAGAACCGGAUGCCGAUCCUCAUCUCCAAGAUCUUCCCGGGGCUGGCGGCCGACCAGAGCCGGGCACUGCGGCUGGGCGACGCCAUCCUGUCGGUGAACGGCACCGACCUGCGCCAGGCCACCCACGACCAGGCCGUGCAGGCGCUGAAGCGCGCGGGCAAGGAGGUGCUGUUGGAAGUCAAGUUCAUCCGAGAAGUAACGCCAUAUAUCAAGAAGCCAUCAUUAGUAUCAGAUCUGCCAUGGGAAGGUGCAGCUCCCCAGUCACCAAGCUUUAGUGGCAGUGAGGACUCUGGCUCUCCAAAACACCAGAACAGCACCAAGGACAGGAAGGUCAUUCCUCUCAAAAUGUGCUUUGCUGCUAGAAACCUAAGCAUGCCGGAUCUAGAGAACAGAUUGAUAGAACUACAUUCUCCCGAUAGCAGGAACACGUUGAUCCUACGCUGCAAGGACACAGCUACCGCCCACUCCUGGUUCGUAGCCAUCCACACCAACAUAAUGGCUCUCCUCCCACAGGUGUUGGCCGAACUCAACGCCAUGCUUGGUGCAACCAGUACAGCAGGAGGCAGCAAGGAGGUCAAGCACAUUGCCUGGCUGGCAGAACAGGCAAAACUAGAUGGUGGAAGACAGCAGUGGAGACCGGUUCUCAUGGCUGUGACUGAGAAGGAUUUGCUGCUUUAUGACUGUAUGCCAUGGACGAGGGAUGCCUGGGCAUCGCCAUGUCACAGCUACCCUCUUGUUGCCACAAGGUUGGUUCAUUCUGGCUCUGGAUGUCGAUCACCCUCACUUGGAUCUGACCUCACGUUCGCUACCAGGACAGGCUCUCGGCAGGGCAUUGAGAUGCAUCUCUUCAGGGUAGAGACACAUCGGGAUCUAUCGACCUGGACCAGGAUACUUGUUCAGGGUUGCCACGCUGCCGCUGAGCUGAUCAAGGAAGUCUCUCUAGGCUGCACAUUAAACGGCCAAGAGGCAAGGCUCACGGUCCACUAUGAAAAUGGGUUCACCAUCUCCAGGGAAAACGGAGCUCCCGGCAGCGUGCUGUACCGCUACCCCUUCGAACGGCUGAGGAUGUCUGCCGACGACGGCAUCCGGAACCUGUACCUGGACUUUGGCGGUCCCGAGGGGGAGCUGACCAUGGACCUGCACUCUUGUCCGAAGCCGAUUGUAUUUGUGUUGCACACGUUCUUAUCGGCCAAAGUCACUCGCAUGGGACUGCUUGUAUGAGCAGCAAAAAAUCAGAAAAGAGCCUUGAAUGUCGCAAGAAAUAUUUCCACCUCCAGAAAAAAAUUUUUUAAAGCACAAAAAGAAAGCUCUUUUCUCUAUCCUCCAGCACAGUGCCUUGACAAGGACCUGCAAAUCACUGCUGACCCGUAACCGUGUUUAAAGAAGAGCCUGCCUUUCACAAGCUACCUUGGCCAGAAUUUCUAGGACUCUGAUAAGCUCCAAAGUGAAGCUAUUGAUUUAUUGUCUGGUUUCCUAAUGUGGUUUCUAAGUAAUUCUGUUUAAUUCUCCUGCUACAAAGGGUGGCUCAUUGUUUUUCCUUUUGGACAUAGUCAGAUAUCUAAGAAGUUGUCUUUCUUUUCUUCCUAUAGGAUUUAUUUCAAACUUAGCUUUGGAUGACUGUCUUUUCCCAGGUGCUAGUUUGCAGCAGCCUGUGCUUCUUGGUCAUUCCAGCUAGGCUCUCCGUUGCGUUGGAGUUUUGGAGUUUACCGUCCUCCCUUGCUCACUCCUUCCACCCUAGGAGGUCCUCGAGUUGUAUCACCAAAGCGUUCUUCCAUCUGCCCCGGCUCUCACUGCAUCCCUCCCUGGCCAUCGCAUCCCAGUGCGUCAUGAGCUUUCCACUCCUAAGUGCUAACUUUAGGUCUUAGAACUUUUGAAAUUUGAUUUGCCUUGCCUUCCACUCCCUUUUUGGUGGUGACCAAGUUGAAAAGCAAGUUGGAAACCACUGCUUUAAAAAAAGUUUUACUCAUUUGAGGAUUUUCUGGUUUUCUCUUUGGUAGGAGCCAGGAGAUAAUGGUUAAGAUUUAUUUUAAAAGAAAAAUCCUCAUUUUAGCCUAAGCCAUUUUUUAUUGCUUACCAAAUGUGCCUUUGGUUAGGGUUAGUGGAGCUUUAUUAGUCACUAUUUGAAUAACUGGAUAUCACUGCCAUUCCAGGGAGAUCAUCUAUCCUAGUUUUAAAGAAUAGCCUUUGAGGCAGCUUUCCUUAGUGGUGUCUUUCCUGAUGGGCAGAUAUCUUUGAGGAAGAUAAAUCCUGGAGAACAAGUUUGUUUUAAGAGUAGAAUUUGUGGGAGAAGCGGGCUUUGCAGCACAAAUGAAAUAUCAAGCUGUUUUGGGCUCUGUGCACCCAUGUGGGAUCCUGGCCCUGGCCCUCUCCAUUCGUGGCAGCAGAGUGGCAUGAAUGGGCAGCUAACUCAAGACUCAGUGUGGCUUAGUAAUGCGUCCUACAGUGGACAGUGUGAUGAGACCAUGGAACAAGCUACCUGGGAUUGCGAAGCAGUAAGAUUGCUUACUUUGUGGUACUGAAGACCACAUUUGGCUUGUUAUUUCUAAUUAUGAAGUAGGUGUGAAUCUGAAAACUUUUAAAAUGGUAUAAUAGCUAUAUAAAGUGUCAAGAUUAGCACAGUCCCUAGAACUCAAAGAAAGGUAAUAUUGACAUGGGUGCUCUCUGUGUUUUCUCAAGAAAGGACUGGGAUUAGUUCUCAUUUACCAGAUUGAUCAGGAGUGCCAGAAGAGGAUAUAAACACUAUGGAGGCUGGAGCUAUUUGGUUUGAGUGCAGACUGAUGUACAGGUGGGGCGUGCGAAAGAGCCGACUCAUGAGCAGAGAGUUCUAGUUAGACAUUGUAACCCCGUGAUCUUCACUGCUUCCCUGUGUAGGGUGAGGUUAACCAUAGGCAGAGGCUGGGGAGAGAUGUCUCUUCUGCCCCCACCACCAGUCCCAAAAAUGAAUGAUCUCAUCCAUUUAAAACUGGAAAUUUAAAUCUAGACUAGAAUAUGUCUUUCAAGAGCUUUCUAUGUUUUGAAAAUUCAUAAACCCAAGUUUGGUUCCAUCUGGAAUUAAGUUUACAAAUUAGGGAAGAAAAAAAUACCUUGAAGGUCCUGCUAUGAUUUCUGGAAGAAUUUGGACACAUAAUACCCUCAGAUGAGGAGGGAGCUUAGACAUUCUUUGCAGUGAGAGUAUUAAUCUGAGAUGAAUCAUGUAAUCACAGACUUGGGCAGCAAAGCCAUUUAGUUGAGGUUUUCUGUGUUAGUGUGAAAGACUAAGCCACUGAAAAGAUUUUUGUGCAGAACUUCAGAGCCACCUGCUCAAUAGUUACAUGAAAAAGAUCUGUAAAAAGGGUGUGAUUAAAACAUGGGCAGGAGAGGCAAGACGUGUGCAUUUCAGACCCUUUUGUUCCAACUGAAGCCAUCAUGUAUAGCCCCUAGGUCCAUAGGGUUUUAAAUACUUAAUAGGGUUUCGAGUCUUGGUGUGAAAUGAAAUUGUAUGGGAGGUUUCCUGUGACCACUAGCACCCCCAAGAGCAAGAGCCCUUAAGCCUGUUUAGCAUACAUCAACAGCUUUCCAAUGAUGGAUGACCAGGUUGAUCUUCCAUUAAGUGUGUUUGUGGGAUUUUCAAACCACAAAUGAAGUACCUUUUAUGAAUGAGACAGCCUUGAUAAAUAUGUCUGUAUUUUCGAUCCACAGUCGGGAUCUGCAUACAAGGACGGCUGACUGUAUCCAUUGCUCUACGCCCUUUCAUAUAAAGGACGUGAGCAUCCCUGGAGUUUGGUGUCCAUGGGCGGUCCUGAAACCGAUCCCUUGUGGAUGCCAAGGGACGACUCUAGAUAAGUUUUUGGGGAGUCAAAAGCCAAUAAGUGGAUUUUCUACUGCAUGGGGAGUUGGCACCCCAGUCCCCACGUCCUUCAAGGGUCAAUUUGUACUUUGUAUUUAGAUGUCAAAAUAUGGCGUUAUUUUCAAAUGAUAACUAAUUGGCAUUUCUGAUAUUUCACAUCUUUUAUAGAACAGCUGAUUUUUCAUUUCCUUUUUAUUUUGAUUAGGAAAAUGGCUUAGAGUGUUGUGGGCUUCCAUGUGUAGAAUGUAAAGGAAUUGCAGAAUAGUGUCCCCUCAUUCCAGUGGACCACUUCCUGUGCCCCCGAGACCUGGGCUUAGACAUCUUCUCCCUAUUCCACACAGAUGCCUGUAAAAGCAAAGGCUCAGUGACUGCUUCUCUGAAAAAGGUAAGCCCUUUCCUGAAGUCAUCAAAUGAACCUUACCUGGAAAUUAAUAUCUAAUAUUUUAUAUGAAGAAAUACUUUAUGUUUAUACACUAUUUAUUAGAUAUUUGUAACUGUAAACUCACCUACCUAGUAGAGAGAGUUUCAGGUUAAAUAUUGGGACAUGUACAGGCCAUCAAAAAUACUACUUUAAAUGUCAUCCACCUAUUUUAAAGCCAUUUCAGUUAGCACUUUUUGGGCUAGGUAAAGUCCGAUCGUGCCUGUUUUUAUCAUCUAUAAUCUCACAGACCUUGUUAUUGAAAAAUUAUUGCAUAGGAGGAGAGAUUGAAUUAUUUAUUUCUUAUAUUUUUGUAAGUGGAAAAACCUCUAACCAACAAAUGAUUAAAGUUGUUACUGAUUUCUCUUAUCCUCCUAAGCAGAAUGGUAACAAAGCUUUUUUUCAGCUGAUUAAAUGCACUUAGCUAAUAAACCAAAAUUUUUUUCUUGAAACUGUGUGGAAUCUGGAUAAGAUUACAUUUCUCCCUUACUGUAAGUUGUUUUGAUGGACAAAAGUGUGACCAUAACUCUUGAGAAAAGGUUAUGAUGGAUUUUUGUGUGUGUGUGAGAGAAUCUCCAGGUCUUCUUAUUUAAUUUAUAUGCAUGUGGAUAUAUUUGUAUGUUUUCAAUAACAUGGAAGAAUCUCCAUAUUUUUAAAUGCAAAUUAUCUUAUAAGCUGCUAUGCAAUUUCUUUUAAAAGCCCUACCUACUUAAAGAAUGAAACAUUUUUGAAGCUUUCAGGGAAGACCUGUAGACUUAAGCACUUUCUCUGCUUUUUUGUAUCUUAUCUUGGACACUUACGCUAAAUUAUGUUAUUGUUUUUACUGGUUAUAAGCUAUUGAUUGUACAUAAUAUUUAAACCAUCCAAAUAUCCAGCGUACAUUUCCAUGUUUCUGCCAUCCACUGACACCACGAAUGAAAUGGCUGGUUAGAAAGCCAAAGGUCGGGUUUCUUCAAUCCCUAACAAAGAAGUAAAAUGCCAGAUCUCUUUGGUCUCAAAACGUUGUUUGGUCUGAUCUGACUAUCCGUGUAAGAAAAGAGACUUGUUUAACUGUGGGAUGCUUCAACUUUUCAGUUGAAUUGAACUAUAGUCAUAUCCUGUUUAUGUAUCUGUAUCAGGCAUAUUAUGGGGCAGGUGAUACUAUAUUCUAUCUUGAGUUUAGAAAUUUCAUUCCGUUGGAAUCAUUACAGUGGCUCCUGAAGACGAAAACAAAGGAAUCUGCCAUCUGCUACCAUUCUCUGUGUCCCGAUUUCAGUUGCUUGGAAAUCUAGAAUAAUUCUGACUUUUUAUAUACUUUCUUUAAAAACCAACCGCAGCAGUCUUCCCCCUUCCUCCUCCCUUUUUAAGCUACAUCUUUCACUUUGCUGAGUAUAUAGACACUCGAUAAAUGUUUGAUGAUAGUUUAAACAAUUAUGCUUUAUAUCAGGAUUCUGUUAUCUUGAGCAAUAUAGCUAUUCCUAUGGUGUAAUGAUACUAAGUGAAAUUUAUUUUACACUAGUAGUAGACUGCUUAAGUGGCUGAUUUGAAACCCUUUCUCUAAAAAAAACUAAAACAUCUGGCAGAUAGGUGAUUCAGGUUCAUCCUGUAAAUGGAUCGAGUUUCAGGUUAAGGUAAGGGACAGUAAGUGUGCACAUACAGCACAUGUUUCCUUGUCUCUUUCUGACACUAGUUAAACUGCCAACUGGAAGAAUUAUUGCUGUAUAUUAACUAGAAAAAAUAUUUUAACAAGAUUUCUUCUAUUAUUUCAAAACUGACAUACUUGAACUUAAUCUCUUGCCACUUACUCUUCCUUUCUACUUCAGGUGACUGAACCAAAGCCUAUUCUGCUUUUCAGAGUGAAUCUGCAUUUGAUAAAAUGCAUAAAUAUGCUAUUUGCAAAUGACUGCUUGUUCUCCGAUGAACAUUUAGUUAUAUUCAACAAAAACCUACCGUAUGAACUGUAACCCUUGAAUUGCCCCAAAAUAGACUGGUUGGAACUAAAAGGCUAUAGUAGAGAAAUCGUCAAUGCUUUGUUAUACAGGGGUGGACAAAAGUAGGUUUACAGUUGUUCAUAUGGAAAAUAAUUCAAUAAUCAAGAAAUAAUACAAGAAUAAGCUCCAUUUUGUGUACUUAUAACUGCAAACCUACUUUUGCCUAUUCCUGAAGGUUCAGAUUAGGCGACCUGAUGGAUUUCUAACUUCUGAGUCCUCCACGUACCUCACUCAGUUUUGCAGUGAUCGUCACCUCCGUGCCGUUGACACAAAUGCUUCUUUAGUUUUUGUGUCCGUCUUCAUCCCAGUCACAUGCACACCCUGACCCUGGGUGUUCUGUCACCUCUUCCAAAGUGAUGGAAGUCUCAUAUGCACAGACUAAAGGUUCUUCAGAGGCUUGGAGAAAUUUUGAAAUUGCAGAGCUAAUUAACGAUAUAUUAAUUUCUGUAGUCUUUCAUCUAGUAAGCAUUUACAGUUCUUCACAGGCACUCUGAAGGGUCCGCAAGAAAGUUCCUGGCCUCAAGUAGCACAUAACCCAUCACUUCCCAGUCAUGCCAUGCCACCUGUCUGUCCAAGGUUAAGUACAUAACCACUUCACGAAAGUACGUCAGAAGUUCUGCUCAUCCAGCAAACUGUAUGGUGUUUAAAAGGACACCCGGUCUCUGGGCCAUGCCAGCACGAAAGAAUUCCAAGCACAUUUAAGUAGGCUGGUCUUUUCAUUGUGCAUAAUUUUUUAAAUGCAAAAUGAAGACUUCAGUUUGGGGAGGAGAACACUGUAGAAUAUCCUGAGGGAGAUAAAUCACAACAACAGUUUUCUAUUGCCCAAAGUAGACCAAUGGGAAAGUUUUUAAAGAAAUGCUUCUUUUAAUGAUAAUGAGCAAAACUAACCCACCUAUUUCUAAAUUGUGCUGGCCCACUCAUUUUCACACUUACACCCUUUAAAGAUCUCAUCUGCUGUAAGUCCUUACGCAUGGUAGACAGAGUAUUUCUUCUUAAUGAAUCAAAAUGAUAUUUAAAACUUAGUACAAUCCCACUUAUUCUAGACACUGGCAUUCAAACUUAGUAAAAAGGCACUUAAAAGAAAAUGAGAGAUUGAAUAUUUCCAUAUUUUUUAUAUAGUAACAGUCCUUUCCUGUCCAGCUGCUUUCCUUUUAUCACUAGGGUCAGCCUUUUGGGUAACAUCCUUCAUCAUGCUCAGAAAGUAGCUGAACUCUGUGACUGGAACGGCAGAGGGAACAUACUCUCAUGGGUUCCUUCCCCUUUGUUGUCAAGUGUCCUGGAGUUGUGCACACGCAAAUUCGGUCACACCUCCAGUGUCAUUGUCUCUCCUGCCCUUUGACAAUCAGGUGCUAAUGAUUAUAUAUUAUUGGAACCAGCACAUAAGUAUUGUCAUGUAAGUGUCUGUUCCUCCUAGGUUGGAAGAGGUGCUUUUCUCCUGUCUCAGUCCUGCUCAGAGUGCAUGUCAGUUACAUUGUUUUCGCCUCUGUUUUGUCAGUUAGGAGAAUUGGGGGGAGAGGGAAUUAUUAAAACUGAGUUUUGGGUUUGGCACAAUUCUCAAUCAUGAUGAUACUCUUCACAAUGUAUAGUAAAUCUACCCUUACUGUAAGAUCCAGUUUCAUCUUUUCUUUUCCUGCAGUAUAGGACUCCAGUGUUAUGUUUACAAUCUGUUGGAUGGUUCAGUGUGAUAAGACCUUGGUACCCAAAGAAUUGUUCCCCUUUUGGCAUCAGACCAAGGUCUUUUAGAAGAAACUACUACCUGUGAAGACCUGUUUUGGCUAAUCUGUGCAAACUCUGAUUAUACUCACUCGUUUGUAUUAUGGCCCACACUACUUUCAUUUUCGUUAAGUGUUAAGACUUAGAAAGCUAGAAUAAUACUUCUACAAAGAAUUAAAAGUAUGUGAUAUUCUGAGGGUGUUUUUUCUUCUUUUUAGAACUGUAUUUAAACGAGACUUCUUCUUAAGUGUUGUUUAAAAUUUAAGUUUCAAACCUGGCAUCACCAGACUACCAAAUCAACACCUAUGGCAUAAAACAGGGCAGUAUUUGUGUUCUUGGUUAAACAAAGGAGAAAGCUUUAUGUAUGUGUGCUCUAUAAAUACAAAUGCAUAGACAACACUUUCCCUUGAGUUGCGCCUCAACGUAUAGCAUUGUAUAUUACAAUGAAAGUUUGUAACUUAAGGGUAUUAUAUAUAUAAAUAAAUAUAUACCUUUGUAAUCUUUAUACUGUAAAUAAAAAAUUGCUUU